GCCGUUCCCGCGAUACCUGACCUUCAAUCGGCGUCGCAACCAGAACCGACAAAAACAGCAUUUGCAGUGCCCAGUGCACCACCACCGGCCAUCGGACGUGCUCCGGCUUUGAAACGCAGACCGUUGGGUGAGAUCCCGGUGAUCAGUACAGGUUCCGAGCUGCCCGCCCCUAGCCAGGCGUCUACCGCGCCAACCGGUUCGAGCUGGGGAAUGCCGCCAUGGAAACANCCGAAUUCCGCUACCGGGCAAAGGGAAUUGGACCUUGAGCCUAGGGCAUUUGGUGUAGAGGGGCCGCUGGCUGAGUCGACCGCUGGACCAUUUCGUAUCCCGACUGCUCACCCCACAUCUAGUGUGAUGCACAAACGAGCGCGAGUGGAGACG